AUGUCAGCCCCAACAACGGAUAGUACUGAAGCUAUCACUAAUUCCGGCUAUGGAAGCAGCGACGAAACAGCCAGUCUACUCGUCACUGGGCCUUCUGUCACCGUAAUAGUUCCGUCAGAAAACAGAAGCGUUAAACCAGUAUUGCAAAGACAGGACUGUACAACACACUUGAGGCCACAACUUUCGGGAGGUCCGGGUAGCGAAGAAAGUGCCACAUCUAUCAGAAUUGAAGAUCAGGCUGCCAGAAGUGUUCCUGAUAUCGAAUUACAAUGUCGCGAUCUCCCUGCAGACCGACCACAAACACUCAUCUCUCCUGUAGCGACAUGUUCGCAUAGAGGGUCAGUGACCGCUUGCCAAUUAGUUCCACAAACAUAUUCGAGAUGCCGCGUUUGCGAACGGCGGCAAUCUACAGCGCCGAUGUCGGCGUUGCAACUAGCGCGCUCUGUGUCGCGAGAAAGCGUUCGUUCUAUCUUACAAUAUCCUUGUGGAUGUAGUUCGCUCCACACUGUCAGCACAUGUCCAGUGAUACAACCACCGGCGCUACUGUUGCCUACAACAAGUGCGAGAAUCAUCCGACAGAGUUCACAGCCGGAGUCUAGCGCAUGCGCGGCACACUGCCCUCACCACGCCCACCAUCACCCCAGCGCCUCAUUGCGACAGUUACGAGAACCAGGGGAUGGCAUCGCGGGUAUUGCCGCCGAUUCACUGCGUAUCAACGGAGGCAUGCGCCCUUUCAAACAGGGGCUGCUCCUCUGUCCUCAAACCCUGUCGCAGACGCGCCGAGCCCGGCUGAGACGUGCAUUCACUGAAGCCACAGGGGAUACUGUUAACUACGUUAAAACGGUGGGCUUCAAACUAUUGGAUUAUGCACAGUCGAAUACCACUAACGAUUGUACAACCUAUAUUCUAAAACUAUCUCUCUAA